AUGUCGAGCAAAAAACUUCCACCAAAGAAUGAUCCUGAACGUACCGCUACUGAACAAGGAGCGUUGAAAACUGCUGAAAAGGCAACUCAGGUUGCCGAGGCGUUAAAGGAAGGAAAACUUCCAACAACUGAACAAAUUUUGACGACUAUUGAAUCAAUUCAAGAUACCGAUAUAAUUCAUGAAAGUGGACGCAGAAUGUCUUCUUUGGGUAAAAAGGUGUUGGCUGAUACCGAAAAAUUUUUGGAUAGCACAAAAAAUCUUUUUGCUGAGAAGAAUGCUGGUGAUGAAUUGCAAAAUACUAUAUAUUAUGGUAAUAAAGCUGCAAGAGAAAUGAGUGACACCACCACUAUGAUUCCGGAAGAUUUAAAACAAAGAGCAGACGAACAUAUUGCUGCUAGUGAACCAUCGGUUAAGGAACUUUGGCGAAAGACCUUAUUGCUAUUAAUUUCAAACCCGGAAUUUCGAAAGUUGUUAAACGAUAUUAAUUGUAUCAUUCAAGAAGCUUUAUUAGCUACUGUUCACGAUCAAGAAGGUGAUGUUGAAAUGCAAACCGGUGAAGAAAAAUCUCCGGGUGAAUUUACUCAAGACGUUGCACAGCAAACUCGCGAAAGUGUAUAUCAUAUGGCUAAAGCCGGAGCGGACAUUAUCACUCCAAAAGUAAAGGAAUUUGGUGAAGGCAAAAAAUCUUUACAAGAGGCUGCUGGUGAGGGGAUGAAAAGCCUUGCAACUGCAGCUAAAAGUAGAGUGGCUGGCUACAAUUUAUCACCCGAGAAACGUGAUAAAAUUGUUACCCGAUUUAAAAAUCUCAUGAUUGAGACUCAAAAAUGUACCGAAUACCAGGAAGCUCUCACCGAUCUUGUUGAUGUCAUGUCUCGUCUUUUCGAAUAUACCCAAGAAGCCGUUACUCAUGUUACAGAAACUACUGAAAGCGCUAGUCAAAGUUCAUCACUCAAAAUUGCUCAACAAAAUGCUAAGGAUCUUAUUGAAAAUUUUGCUAAUCAUAAAUCAUUAGACGACUUAAUUUGUGCUUUAAAAAAUCUGGGAGCACAAAUCAAACAUGAUGAAGAACUUCAUACUUACCUGAAAGAGCUUCAAAAUUUUGUCCUCCCCUCGUUACGUGAUCCUGAAUUUAUUCAACGUACUGAUUUUAAUGAACACGGUUCGCGUCUUAUUGAAAAUGGGCGUCGAAUCUUGUUAGAAAAUUACGAAGAAAUUACGCUCAAGAUUGCUGACGAGGCAGCAGCCUUUAAUGAAUGUUUACAAGAAGAUCGAACCACUCUCCGAUGGACUAGUGACCUUGAAUGUUUGGUCAAAGAUAUCUUCUUGGAUGAAAAAGGUAAUCCGACUAUCAAGUUUGAAUUGAUUAAAGACUUUGGAAAAAUCUUAUCUAUGGUGACGGAAAAAUUGAAGUUUAUUCCACUGCCACGAUUAGAAAAUUCUGAUGACAUGUACGACUAUUGUUUCGAUAAUGUCGUAAUUCACGUGCCGGAUAUUGUUCCAAAGCAUAUUCAUAUGAGCUUGACUUCUGAUAUUAAUUUGGAUCGUGAGCCGAAUAACGUCGUUCAAAACACUGCAUUUUUCGAAAUUUCCAAGCUCCGUGCCGAUGCCCGUAAUAUUGCAUUUUAUUAUUGGAAAAAAGGCGGAUUAAUCACAAUGCGUGAUGUCGGUUUAGUUGAUUUUGCAAUUCCAACUGAUGGUUUACAAUAUCACAUGAAAAUCUGUUUGGAAUUACCCAGCGAAAAUACACAAUUCGCGCAAUUCCAUAUUCUUGAAGCAGAUACUAAUAUAACUGAAUUGAAGAUUCGCUUACAUGAUACGAAACAUGACUUUCUGUACAUGUUACUUACUCCUUUGGUUGAAAAGCAUCUUAAACGUCAAGUUGAAAAUGCUAUAACAGAAUAUAUGAAAAAAGCAAUUACAUUUAUUCAAGAAACGAUUUGUCGAGUUCAAGCGCAAGUUGGUGAAAUGCAACAAGCAACUACUGCUGCUCGGCAAAUUGCAUCACCUGUGGACGAGGAAAAGUUAAAAGCUAGGGAGGCUUGGAAGUCUGAGGCCUUUAGUCCAGAAGAGCACGCACUUAAAAGCAGUGUUGUGCUGGAGGAAAGUCAAGAAUUUGGAACAGAAAAGUCUAUCGCAGUCGUGUGA